AUGAUUUGUCUAUAUCUAACACUCCGUCAGUUGCUAUGCAUGUCUAUCAGGGCUAACAUUUUCUUUCUUUCUUUCUUUUCUUUUCUUUUCUUUUCUUUUCUUUUCUUUUCUUUCUUUCUUUCUUUCUUUCUUUCCUUUUCUUCUACUUUGACUAUUAAUCAAGCCCUUAUUUUCACAGUAAUACUCUCAUUUCUUUUUUCCUAUGGGCUAACAUUUUCUUUCUUUCUUUCUUUCUUUCUUUCUUUCUUUCUUUCUUUCUUUCUUUCUUUCUUCUGCCAGCUUCAUCUUUUCGUGAUAUUCCUGUUAUCACGUAAUUUCUUUUUUUUUCAUAAUAAUUCUUACAUUUUUCUCUCACUAUCACUUCUUUUCCCAAACGCCAAGAUAUUCUUACUUUCAUCGAAUUUAUUUGUUUCUUUCUUUCUUUCUUUGUAUUCUCUUUCUUUCUUUUUUCUUCUGCCAGUUUUAUCUUUUCUCCAACUCCGACUAUUAUUCAAUUCCUUCCUUCCUUCCUUCCUUCCUUCCUUCCUUCCUGUCAGCUUUAUGAUUUCCUUAUUUAGACUUCCUCUCUUUUUUCCUUAUACAUCUCAAUAUAUGCUUCUACCUUUACUCAUCCAUCUUCUCUUUUCUUUCUUCUGUCAUUUCUUUUUUCAUAGUAAUUCUUAUAUUUUUUCUCAUUUCUUUUUUUUCCCGAAAGCUAACACUUUCUUUCUUUCUUUCUUUCUUUCUUUCUUUCUUUCUUUCUUUCUUUCUUUCUUUCUUCACAAUUCUCUCAUUUUCCGAAUGCUAACAUUUUCUUUCUUUCUUUCUUUCUUUCUUUCUUUCUUUCUUUCUUUCUUUCUUUCUUUCUUUCAGGUUUUAGGAUUCUUUAAUCUUUAUUCCUCUAUGUUUUCCUUUCCUUUAACCAGUCCUUACUUCUUUACUCUUUUCCUUUUUUUUUUAGACUUCCUCUUUCUUUUUCUGAUACAUCUCAAUAAAUGCUUCUACGUUUUCUCUUCCACCUUCUUCUUCUUCUUCUUCUUCACCGCCACAUUCUUUUAUCUGCUUUUCUUUAUUUGUCCUCGGCAUUGUUACUGUUGCCGUCAGUGGAAGUUGAAAUAUAAAUGCAAAAGAAAAUAA